UGGCAAUGUCGAUCCAGCCCUUGCGAUUGGAUAGCUUUAUUUCCCUGGUAUUUGGGAUUCAGUCUCAACUUUCUGGGAAAUGACGACUGGACGUGGGUGGAAGCCUGCCCCAAAGUGGUGGGCGGGAAGGGACACUGAAAAAGAAACAAGAAAACACAGAAAUAUGCUUUUCAAAAAUGAGAUAGAUACCGAUAUUCAAUUAACGGCGGUAUUUUUUUUUUUGUUGUGCAGCUAUUUCCGCCCCUUUUCCCAGGAAGGGGAACGAAGCAUUCCUGCCGAGCUGGCUGCUCACCUGAGGGACUCUAGGCCACGCCUCCUUCGCAGGUCUGUGCAGAGACUAGAGCGGGAUCCAAACAGAAGCAAAGCAAAGCAAAGCAAAGCAAGGGAAGACCCGUCUCUGAAGUCUCGUCUGAAAAGCUGCCUGAUGUUCCGCCAAGCGCUGCUCAACCACCGCUCGGCCCGCAUGCUGCCUCUCGUAGCAGCCCUGCUGCUCCAGCAGAAGGAGAGGAAAGACACUGGCUUCUAUCAUUGGCGGAAGGAGAAACACCAAUACUACAAUCUCACAGUAAAAAUCCUCCGAGCCAGGAAUAUUAAAGGAACUGAUUUGUUAUCCAAGGCAGAUUGCUACGUGGAACUGCGGCUUCCCACUGCAUCACCGAUUACUCGUCGAACUAAAGUUAUUGACAACUGCAGUGAUCCUGAGUGGAAUGAAACGUUCCACUUUAAAAUUCACAAUGCUGUCAAGAAUACUUUGGUGUUGGCACUCUUUGAUGAAGACGUUCUCGUAAGUGAUGAGCUUACAUCUCUUGUAUUUGAUGUGACAGGACUUAAAGCGGGGCGUCCUCUGAAAGAGACAUUCAAGCUGAAAGAAGAUGGAGAAGAACUGGAUGUAGAGUUUUUUCUAGAGAAAAGCUCAGAUGCUCCCGGUGAAGUUGUCACAAAUGGAGCCCUUGUGGCUUAUCCUUGUCUUCGCCUGGAAGGGGUAAUUAAGAAAGGUGAAAACUCAAAGCUGAGAGAACGGGGAAGCUACCAGUUCAAGCUUUCACUGCCAGGAUCCUAUGAAAAUCAAUUGUGCAUCCCUUACAAACCAGAUUCUGAUCAGAGUGAAGGAGUUCCAUUUGUUUUUCACAUAGGCAAACAAAUGCCUUCAGAGCUAGGUGUGGAAUUGGAGAGAACUGUUAGAGUUCAUCAGGAUGGAGUGAGUUCUUAUGUUGAAGAGCAUCACACUGCUCUUGGAUCAGGGACUGUUCCAUUACAUUCACUUCCUCUGGGAAAGGAAGUUGACAUGACUGUUCCACUAGAAAAGGGGCUAAAUGCAGAUCUGCGUGUGAAGGCUGAACAAAUGAAAAAAGAUCUUGAUGUACGUCUUGGUUAUGAUUUGUGUAAAGAAGAGCGAGAAUUUUUGGAGAAAAGGAAGAAAUUGGCAUCUCAGACACUAAAGAAGACACUGAGAUUGAGAGAGGAUCUUGAUAAAAACGAGGUUCCUGUUGUAGCAGUUCUAGGAUCUGGUGGUGGGAUAAGAGCACUGACUGGAUUGUAUGGUAGUAUGUUUGGGCUUCAGCAGCUAAAUCUUCUGGAUUGUGUCACAUAUCUCAGUGGGGUCUCAGGCUCUUCAUGGUGCAUGUCAAUGUUGUACCAAGACUCUGAAUGGUCAUGUAAAGAUCUCAAAGAUGCCAUCAUCAGUGCCAGGGAAAAAAUAUGCAGCAGCAAAGUUGCAGCUUUUUCCUCUGAACGGCUAAAAUAUUACUUCCAAGAACUUAAUGCAAUGGAGAAUGAUGGAAGAAAGGUAUCUUUUACUGACCUAUGGGGACUUAUUGUAGAGUACUUCCUGCAGAUGAAGGACCAUCAGUCAAAACUAUCUGACCAACAGGAAACUGUGAAACAGGCACAAAAUCCUUACCCCAUCUAUGCCGCUGUUAAUGUGAUGCCCAAUAUUAGCGGUGAUGAAUUUGCAGAAUGGAUUGAGUUCACUCCCUUUGAGGUUGGAUUUCGCAAGUAUGGUGCCUUUGUUCGGACAGAAGAUUUUGAUAGUGAGUUCUUUAUGGGGCGACUGAUGAAGAGGCAUCCUGAGCCAAGGAUCUGCUACCUUCAGGGGAUAUGGGGCAGUGCCUUUGCUGCCAGUCUGGAUGAUGUCUUCUUGAAAGUGGUUGGAUCAGGACUGACAUUUUUAGAAUCUCUGGGUGACGUUAUCAAAGUUAUUGAUGACCGUCGCCGUUUCCAUUUCCGGGACCCAAUGAGACUGAAAACUCGUAUGGUUAUACCAGGUGGACCAGUGUUACAGUUUUUCCAGGAUUUCUUCAAGUCUCGUUUUACUGCUGGGGAAACUUUUAAUUUCAUGCAAGGCUUGUAUCUCCACAAGGAUUACGUCAGCCUUAAAAACUUUGUGGCCUGGAAAGGCACCCACUUAGAUGCUUUCCCUAAUCGGUUGACUCCAAUGGAAGACAGUCUAUACCUAGUAGAUGGAGGCUUUUCUAUCAAUUCUCCUUUUCCUUUGAUGCUCCAACCAGAAAGAGAUGUUGAUGUUAUCCUGUCAUUCAAUUACUCUUGGGAAGCACCAUUUCAGGUCCUAGAGUUGACUCAGAAAUACUGUGAAGAACGUGACAUUCCCUUUCCACGAAUCAAUGUGAGCAAAGAAGAUGAAGAAAACCCUAAGGAAUGCUAUUUGUUUAUGAAUGCGGAGAAUCCAAAGGUCCCCAUUGUGCUUCACUUCCCCCUAAUUAAUGAUACUUUCUGCAGAUACAAAGCACCAGGUAUAGAACGUGAAUCAGAAGAAGAGAAACUGCUUGGUAAUUUUGAAGUUGAGGCAAAAGACUCUCCUUAUCGAACACUGAACUUCACCUAUGAAUCUCAUGAAUUUGAUAGAUUGAUAAACUUGAGUUGCUAUAAUGUAUUAAAUAACAAGGAUGCUCUUUUGGAUGCACUACGUUUAGGUUUAAGCAGGCGAAAACUAAAAAAGAAGGACAUGAGCGCUUUCAUGAAAACAGGUCAUAAAUAGAUCAGUGUUUUAUGAAUGGUUCAAGUAGGAGAACAAACCUGUAAAGGAUCCUAUUGAUGUGAAUCAGCACUGCACUACUAAAUGCUCUUUAGGCUGUAAUGAAUACGUGCAUUUAUUUAGAAGGAAAUUGGCUUAUUCUUUCCCCUUUGACUGCUUCUCUGCAGUAAGCAGAGGACCCAGAGAAGAGGAUAUGCUAAUAGACUUCUAGUACUACAGGUCCAGAAUUUCUUUACAUAUUCACUGGGAUUCACUGGGUGUUUAUUAGGGAUUUCAUUUUAUUUAGAUACAUCAGUUUUGGAAGGAGCAUUUCUAAGAAGUUAAACUUGAUGAGGUGGAAAACAUUUUAUUUUGAGCCUUGUAUUCCAGAAAUUGUUAGUUGAAUGAACAAAUUAUCCUUGGAACUCUCUACCCUGGAGUGUGGUGGAGGCUCCUUCUUUGAAGGCUUUUAAACAGAGGCUGGAUGGCCAUCUGUCGAAGGGGCUUUGCAAUUCUCCUGUUUCUUGGAAGGGGAUAGAUCUGAAUGGCCCACAAGAUCUCUUCCAACUCUAUGAUUCUAUAAUUGAGUAUGAUAUUAAAUACUUAAAGUCUCAUGCUUUGAAUAGUAGGAGUGUCUUCUGGCCACUAGUCCUUUUGCUCCCUAUCUUCUUUUGUACUGGACUUUACCCUUUCCAUUCUGUGCUUUAUCAAAUGUGAGGGGCCAUGCUGAAAAAUACACCUUUUUUCUUUGACAAUCCCUGAAAAGGAGGUCAGUUGUCUAAGGGAAGAUCUAUAACAAAGACAAUCUUUUUGAGCCAUAUUGGUAACUUAUGAAUGGUCUUUUGAAGAAACUCUGUUAUGACUGCUGUUCUAUAAGGGUUAUCCAGAAAGUAAGGUUACAAUAUUUUUUUAAAAUACAACGAAUUAAUAUAUUUUAAUCAAACUUACACAGAUUAUAGCAUAGGUAUUACAUUAUUUUCUCACAUAAUCACCAUUCAGUUAAUACAUUUUGUCAUCCCUUGGAGGAGUUUUUUGAUGCCUCUGUCUCCGCCUUUUUCAGCUAGUUCGUCACUUUGAUUUUUACUUCGUUGUUGUCGGAAAAGUGUUUUCCAUUCAGGUGUUCCUUUAAUUUAAUGAACAGAUUAUAGUGACUGGGUGCUAGAUCGGGGCUGUGAGAGGGGUGGCGUAAAACAUCCCAACCAGAUGAAGUCAAGCCUGGGUGGAAUACACUUUUCCGACAACAACGAGGUAAAAAUUGAACUGACGGAUUGGCUGAAAAAGGCAGAGGGAGAUUCUGUGACACAGGCAUAAAAAAACUCAUCCUAGGGAUGACAAAAUGUAUUGAACUGAAUGGUGAUUAUGUGGAAAAAUAAUGUAAUCCCUAUUCUAUAAUCUAUGUAAGUUUUUAUUAAAAUAUAUUCAUUCUUUGUAUUAAACAAAUCUUGUAAUCUAACUUUUUGUAUAAUCCUCAUAUAUACUCAUUCACGAUCUGAAAACAAAACAAAAAACUUGAAUUUCUUUUAAAGUUGUUUUUAUUGUUAUUUUGUUAAACUGUCUUAAUUAUUGAGAAUUCCAGCAUGAUGGCUGCGAGUGACUGUUUGUACUGGAUUAUGAGGUGCAAUUACUAUACCUUGAAACAGAAUUUUGGAAGAGGAAAUAAUGAUUAUCUCCUGGGAUUCAGAUGAUGUGGCAACACUGGUUCAUGAGCAGGAUGUUUUAUUGUGAGCAAUCAAUGUGUUUAUGAAUGAUCCAGACAGAAAUCUUUCUUCCUUGAAAUUAACAGGAAAUGAAACAUGGUUUUAUAAAAAGAAAUAAUUGUUAUGUUUUGUAAAGAGAAACACAUGAUUUGUAUAAAUAAUAAAAACAUGUUUUCUAGUA